CGCUGACUGCAGCCCCCCAAGUCGCCGCCGCUGCCGCCGCCGCCUCUCUGGCUGCAGCUCCCGGCGUGCUCCGCACUCCCUGCUGUCCGCUAGCCCCUCCUUCUAUUCCUCCCAGUGCCACCGAGCCGGAGCCCCAGCCGCCGCCGCAACCACAGCCGGGGGCACUAUGGCUUCUGGAGUUACAGUGAAUGAUGAAGUCAUCAAAGUUUUUAAUGAUAUGAAAGUAAGGAAAUCUUCUACACAAGAGGAGAUCAAAAAAAGAAAGAAAGCAGUUCUCUUCUGUUUAAGCGAUGACAAAAGACAAAUAAUUGUAGAGGAAGCAAAGCAGAUCUUGGUGGGUGACAUUGGUGAUACUGUAGAGGACCCCUACACAUCUUUUGUGAAGUUGCUACCUCUGAAUGAUUGCCGAUAUGCUUUGUACGAUGCCACAUACGAAACAAAAGAGUCUAAGAAAGAAGACCUAGUAUUUAUAUUCUGGGCUCCUGAAAGUGCACCUUUAAAAAGCAAGAUGAUUUAUGCCAGCUCUAAAGAUGCCAUUAAAAAGAAAUUUACAGGUAUUAAGCAUGAGUGGCAAGUAAAUGGUUUGGAUGACAUAAAGGACCGUUCAACACUUGGAGAGAAAUUGGGAGGCAACGUAGUAGUUUCACUUGAAGGAAAACCCUUAUAAAAUGACAGUCAAGUGCCAUAUGGAUCUUAAGGAGCUUUCAUUUCUCCAGCUCAGUCAAUUGGAAUAGUACUAGGUUUUUGUUUUUUGGUGUUUUUUUUUUCCUUUUUCUUCCACUGGGUCCUUCCAACAUAAUGAAUGAAGGAGGUAUCAUUCAUGUAAGCAGCCUAUCAGUGAUUGCCAUUAGACUGUUAACACUGUUACUUUGAUGUAGAACCCAAGGAAUGCCUUCCCAUGAUAUUUUAGCCAAAAAAAAAAACUGGUUAUAUGCCUCCCCUGCAGCAAGCAUUACAAUGAAUGUGAUUGUCAAUGUGAAUAGCUUAAAAUAUUGCAAAGGGUAAGCUAAUUGAAUGCCUUGAAAGUAUUAUCCACUGGUCAGAUGGUAAACUUUAUUCAGUAUUAUUUAUAGUUGCAUUUGAUUGCAGUUCUGUGAGGCUCCAGCAUUCAUACACCUCACCUGCCUUGGCAAGCCUAUUUUUGUGACAUGGUAGCACGAAUAUAACACUAUGCAUUGAAAGCACUUUUUUGUAUUGAGUUUAACUCCCCACUCCCCAGAGGAAUGCCAAUUAAGUUGUGUUAACUGUGUCAUCAACUUAUCCUAGUACCUCAGUGUUCAUUCCUGUUACCUGCAUAUCUUAAAAGAACUAGCUGUUAUUAAUGCCUUUUUGUUUUCCAUUGAGUGUACACUACUGAAUAAGUGUAGGAGUUUUAUGUUUACCAUGUAAGUCUUGCAACACUAAAGAUAUUUUAUCAGUCAUGAUGGCAAUUUCUGUAUAAAAGAGCCUUAAAUGGAACGUUUUUGAGAUCCAACUCCCCACCCUUACAAAAUGGCCACGUUGCAAUAAAAAUUGUGGCAUAUUACAGAAUGUUGCCUUGUUUUCCUUGGACAUUUUGCAGAUGUUACAUGAAGCAACUUCUUAGGUAAAUGCUAUUACUAAUCUCUGCACUGGUCAUUUAAGAAUUUUUUUGUACAACAUUCAUGCGUGAUAUUUUCCAAUUUGUUGGGUUUAUUUGGUUUUAAAAAUACACUAUCCUAAAGCCAACUAAUAUAUUAUUUAGAGGAAUACUUUUAUAAGCAUUAGUUUAUUUAUUUUCUUAUGUGUUAAUAUGGAAAUCAGAUUUUUUUUUUUUUUUUUUUUUUUUUCACUUUGACAUAAAUACACUUCAAUACCUGAUUUUUUUCUCUGGAUAAAUUAGGGUGGUUAUUUUUUAAUUCACGUUUACGUUUCUAAGUAGUUAAGUAGUAGAAGAAGGAAGCUCUUAUUGUGUAUUUGAUCAUAAUGAAAAUAAUUUGUAAAAUGUCCACAAGUUUAAUAAUCCUCCUCAUAUCACUUCAGCUACUAUUUCUUAAUAUAUUUUGCAAAUUGGAGAAAAAGAAUUGAUACAGCAGUUUUAAACAGUAGGAGUGGGAUUUGGCUGUGGUCCAGACUGCUCUCCUUAUAGAGAAUUUGAUCUGCUCAGUGUGAGCAGUUUGCUGUUAGCCAGAGCUAUUUAUGGCAAACACAUGCUUUUGUAUCUUGUCAUAGUUAUCCACAAAUGGCAAAACUGGACUGGAUUCUACUGGUAUGCAAAACAGGCAUGCUAGUAAGCAGUCAGUCACUGCUUUGAAUUUAACCCUUAACCCCAUAGCUCUGAAAAAUGCUUUUACCCCAAAACAGAAAAUUAAAAAUCCCCCUUUUUUUAAUGUGUGGAAGCAAUUUGAAUAUAAUUAGAUAUUUUUCCACAUUUUCAAAAGAUUUUUCUGUUGAAAACAAAUAGGAGUUAAAUGUAGGUUUUCAUUUAAAAUUAUAUAAAUGACUUGGGAUCUUUUUCACGGAGCAAUUUUAUUUCAGGCUUCCAGCUGUCCAUGUGAAUUACCCUGAAAAUUCUGGUGGCUUUUUGGUAAGGCCCAACUCCUAAGUAAAGCAUAAAGAUACUGACAUACUAAACCAUAUGUAUAACUGAUACUUGUACCAUGGAAUUUUCCUCAUUCUAAAAAAAUAAGAAACUCUAAACAAGUUAUGUAGUACCUUGUGUUUUUAUAGCUGGUUUCUCAACUUUCUUACGUGCCUCUUUAAUUAUAUAAUAAUUUCAGAGAUUAAAUAUUGCUUUAAACUGUGGUACUUUGAUUUGUUAGAGUGACAACUGAUUUUACUAUUAAGUUCAUCUUUGAAAUACAUCUUUGUGCAUAAAGCCAAAAGUAAUGAUAAAAUUAAUGGUUCACAUUACUUGAGACUGAUUUGGCAUUUGAAUGAUCAUUUUAUUUUACAAUGAUAUACAAUGAAACUGUUCCAGUUAGCUUUAAAAGGUAUACGGUGCUAAUUAGUAAAAUAUUGAGGACAAUAUUUUACUGCUAGCUUGCAAAAUUCUAAGUGUUAAAAAAAUAAAAUAUAUGAAAAUACAUAAA